AGUCACCAUGGUGGAAUGAAUCCACCAACGCUUGCUGGCAAUAAGUUCACAGUUACGGGAGCGCGACGCAGUGCUGCUUUCUGUGCCUUCGAGCUCGUUGCUCCGCUCUCAGCUCUCAUGUCGAAGGAGAGCAAGCGAGCCAAACCAACACCCCCGCUGCUUCACCUUCUCCUCCUCGUUCUAACCUUCCACGCUCUUCCCUCCGCCGCCGUCCACCUCAUCUUCAACGGAUUCGAAUCCUCGGACCUCAGUCUCUACGGCAACGCCACCCUUGAGUCCUUUCCCUCCUCCUCCCCUUCCUUCCAGGAGACGCGCAGCCGCCACCGCCAUUACCUCUCCCUGACCGACGAGUCUUUCUCCCUCGGCCGAGCCCUUCUCCCCGUCCCCAUCCGAACCAAGUCCUCCAACUCCACCGUGCUGCCCUUCGCCGCCUCGUUCCUUUUCUCCAUCGCUCCCAUUAUCGAAACCCUACCUGGUCAUGGCUUCGCCUUCCUCUUCGCCCCCGCCGCGGGCACCCUAGGUGCCGCCCCCUCCGAGCACCUCGGCCUCUUCAAUUUCUCCGCCAACGGUGACCCCGCCUCCCGCGUCCUCGCCGUCGAGUUCGACGUCUUCCGGAACGGGGAGUUCCACGACAUCAACGACAACCACGUCGGGGUCGACCGCAACUCCCUCACCUCCGUCUCGUCAGCCGCUGCCGGAUACUGGCCUGAUGACGAUGGCACCGGCGCUGCAUUCGUUGGCCUCACCCUGAAUGAUGGGUCCAACUACCAGGCAUGGGUGGAUUACGACUGCGGCCGGCUUAACGUCACCAUGGCUCCAGCUGCUCUCGGCCGGAAGCCGCGCCGCCCCCUUAUCUCCAUCGAGAUGGACCUCUCCGACGUCUUCCUUGACGAGAUGUACGUCGGCUUCUGCGCCGCCACGGGAAAGCUGGUGGAGCGUCACCACGUCCUCGCCUGGAGUUUCAGCAACUCCAACUUCUCCGCCGGUGACGACCUAGUUACCUCGGACCUCCCCAAUUUCGUCCCACUGGCGGCCCAAUCCAGUGCCAAUUCGAGAAGACGCCUAAUUUUCAGCCUUUCCGUGGCAGCGAUGGUGCUUCUGAUGUCCGUCUUAGCAGCGGCAGGGGUAUGGAUGGCGUUGAUUCGCAGGACGAGGAAAAUACAAGGAAACGAGGAAGAGGUAAGUCAACAGGAGAUCGAGGAAUGGGAAUUGGAGUAUUGGCCGCAUCGGAUCGGGUAUCAAGAGAUCGUCGGCAUCACAGAGGGUUUCUCCAAGCGUAACCUGAUCGGCCGCGGCGGCAACGGCAGCGUCUACAAGGGGUUUCUCGGUGGCGCCCUGGUGGCCGCGAAGCUCUUCUCUCAGACCAACGAGGACGAGGCGAAGCAAUUCGUGGCGGAGGUUUGCACCCUCGGAAGGCUAAAGCAUCGGAACCUGGUCAGCCUCCGCGGCUGGUGCAGAUCCCGACGACCGGGAGGCGGCGACGUGAUGAUCCUGGUAUACGACUACAUGGAGAAUGGGAGCCUGGACCAGCGGAUGUUCGGGAACGCGAAACCGUUGGAUUGGAAGUCGAGGGUGAGGAUCCUCCGGGACGUGUCGGCGGCGGUGCUGUACCUGCACGAGGGGUGGGGCGAGGCUGUGGUGAUCCACCGCGAUGUCAAGGCGAGCAACGUGAUGUUGGACGGGUCGAUGACCGGGCGGCUGGGAGACUUCGGCCUGGCGCAGGCCCACCCGCGAGGGCGGGCGCUGGGGACCACGCGGGUAGUGGGGUCAGCGGGGUACCUGGCGCCGGAGGUGGUGCGCACCGGGCGGGUGACGGCGGCAACAGACGUGUACGCAUUCGGGGUGUUGGCGCUGGAAGUGGUGAGUGGGCGGCGAGCGGCGGAGGCGGGGCGCCCUCCGCUAGUGGCGUGGGUACGGCAGGCCUCGGCGGCCGGCGGAGAAGAGGCGGAGGCGGUGGUGGACGGGAAGGCGAGGGCGUCGAAGGGGUACGACGCGAGGGAGGCAGCGAUGGUGGUGGGGUUGGGCCUGGCAUGCACGCGGGAGGACGCGGCGGGGCGCCCGACGAUGAGGCAGGUGGCGCGUAUGAUGGACGCCGAGGAGCACAAGGCGGCGAACGGCCGGGACGACUCGACCUCAUGGUUGCUGGACGCCAGGCUGCAGGCGGCGGCAGGGACCGUCGCCGGGGCGCACCCGCAGCCGCAGCACCACCUCCUCCCGUCCGAACCCGACCCUUGCAAGGCACGCCAAACGCAACGUGGUACAGACUCCUAAAUCGAUUUUUUAAUUGUCUCUUUGUAAGAGUAGAAAAUUAAAAUUGCUUUUAGAUAAUAUCUGUAAAGAAAAUGAUCGUCCCUUUGCUUUUGAAUGUCUUCAGUAAAUAAACUUAAUUAAAAACAAAGAAUUUGCACGAUUUUUCAAAAAUAAAUCUCAGUGAUUAGAACAAAUGCUGGUACACGAAACAAGAAAUUAAACA